ACUACCAUUCAUCUCUCCCUCUCUCUCCUCUUGGUUUCAGAAAUUAACAGAAACUAAAGGCAAGUUUUGGUCUUGGUUCAUCGGCAAUGGCUGGUGGAGGGUUCGCGGCCAGUUCGGCCGGGCAUGAGUUCGAGGCGAAGAUCACGCCCAUCGUCAUCAUCUCGUGUAUAAUGGCGGCCACCGGAGGGCUCAUGUUUGGCUACGACGUUGGCGUUUCAGGUGGAGUUACAUCCAUGUCCCCGUUCCUGAAAAAGUUCUUCCCUGUUGUGUACAGGAAGACGCAGGAUAAGGGGAUCGACAGCAAUUACUGCAAAUACGAUAACCAGGGCCUGCAGUUAUUCACGUCUUCGCUUUACCUUGCUGGUUUAACGGCGACGUUCGCGGCGUCCUACACAACCAGAAAGUACGGGCGAAGGCCGUCUAUGCUCAUCGCUGGCGUCUUCUUCAUAGUCGGGACAAUUCUCAAUGGUGCAGCUCAAGACCUUGCCAUGCUCAUCAUUGGCAGGAUCUCACUUGGUUGUGGAGUUGGGUUUGCCAAUCAGGCUGUGCCACUGUUCCUUUCGGAGAUUGCACCUACAAGAAUACGUGGAGGGCUAAACAUACUGUUCCAGCUCAAUAUCACCAUUGGCAUUCUAUUUGCAAACCUCGUUAAUUACGGCACCAAUAAAAUCUCAGGAGGAUGGGGCUGGAGGGUGUCAUUGGGGUUGGCUGGUCUUCCGGCUGGUCUCCUAACCUUGGGAGCCCUUUUGGUGGUGGAAACUCCCAACAGUCUUGUAGAGCGCGGUCUCUUAGAAGAAGGAAAAGCUGUACUUAGGAGGAUCCGGGGCACUGAUAAUGUGGAACCAGAGUUCUUGGAACUUGUUGAGGCUAGUCGCAUCGCUAAAGAAGUGAAGCACCCCUUUAGAAAUCUCUUAAAGCUUAGGAAUCGCCCCCAACUUAUCAUUGCAGUAUCCAUGCAGAUCUUUCAACAAUUUACUGGCAUCAACGCAAUUAUGUUUUACGCGCCAGUCCUAUUCAACACAUUAGGAUUUGGCAACGACGCUGCCCUCUACUCAGCUGUUAUAACAGGGGCCGUCAAUGUUCUCGCCACUGUUGUAUCCAUCUACUCAGUUGAUAAAGUAGGCCGUCGCAUGCUGUUACUGCAAGCCGGAGUUCAAAUGUUCCUGUCUCAAGUGGUUAUAGCCGUAAUACUAGGACUCAAGGUCAAGGACCACUCUGAUAACCUUCACAAAGGCUUUGCAAUCUUUGUGGUGGUUCUGGUUUGCACUUACGUAGCUGCAUUUGCUUGGUCUUGGGGACCUCUAGGUUGGCUGAUACCUAGUGAGACAUUCCCGCUAGAGACCCGCUCAGCCGGGCAAAGUGUGACCGUCUGCACCAACUUGCUCUUCACUUUUGUCAUAGCACAGGGCUUCCUCUCAAUGCUUUGCCACUUCAAGUUUGGCAUCUUCCUCUUCUUCUCCGGCUGGGUCUUAAUUAUGUCAUUCUUUGUGCUGUUCCUGCUCCCGGAGACGAAAAACAUCCCAAUUGAAGAAAUGACAGAGAGGGUAUGGAAGCAGCAUUGGCUUUGGAAGAGGUUCAUGGAUGACUACCACAUUGAAGGAAAUCAGAUUGCUGGAGAUGACUUAAAGAAAAACGGGCAUGCUAAUGGAUUUGAUCCUGUUUCUCAGCUGUAAAUUUGGGGAAAGUAGCAGGGUUUUGUCUACACGAAAUAGUAAAUACAUCGCUUAGAUAUAUCUAAACAAUAUUAUAUAUAUUAUUUCCAAUGUCAUUAAUUAACCUUCCUCUGUUUCAAGGGGAAGGUCAUGUAUUGAAAAGCUUUAUGCGGUGCAUUUGUUCAUCUUUUGUGUU